AAAAAAAAAAAAAAAAAAAAGGCCCGAAUAAAUUAGACAACUUCGAACUCGUUUGACUUCACCUUGAAAUCGCAUCAUGAGACGAGCACUCACAGCAUUGAAUUGCUUGUCAAUCGCCAUGCAGCGUUCACAAGCUAUUCAUUAUCGUUGUUCACGCCCAUUACUUCGUGUUCUGCCACCUACUUCCACGGUAGCAUCGGCUACGCGUCUCUCAUUACCGUCGUCGCACUAUGCAACACAAUUGCGUUACAGCUCGACAGCCCACAAGUACACCAAUCGUUUAGUUUACGAAAAAAGCCCUUAUCUUUUGCAACACGCGCAUAAUCCCGUGGAUUGGUAUCCUUGGGGCGAGAAAGCGUUUGCCAAGGCAAAAGCGGAGAACAAGCCCAUCUUUCUCAGUAUCGGCUACAGUACAUGCCAUUGGUGUCAUGUCAUGGAGCAUGAAUCUUUCGAGAACGAGGAAAUAGCCAAAAUUAUGAACGACUCUUUCGUCAACGUCAAAGUCGAUCGAGAAGAGAAUCCCGGUGUGGACAAAUUCUACAUGACCUAUGUUUUGUUAACAGCUGGUCGCGGGGGUUGGCCCAUGUCGGUGUUUCUAACGCCGGAUUUGGCGCCUUUCUUUGGUGCCACCUAUUUCCCUCCCGAGGAUCGUCAGGGCAUGGCCGGGUUCAAAACGCUGCUUAAAAGAGUCGCAAGUACCUGGCUCACGUCUCCGGAUAAGCUUCGUGAUAAUGGUGAAGAAACUGUUCGACAGUUGCGUGACUACAUUGCGUCUGGCGCGUCUUCCAGUCCAGACGUAAUACCUCCUACCGUGCCUCAAGAUGCCUAUAAAAACUAUUCGGAAACAUUUGAUCAGGAGUAUGGUGGUUUUGCUGAGGCGCCCAAGUUUCCGCAACCUGUUCAGCUCAAUUUCCUACUCAAUUAUUACGGAUAUUUACCUCAGAAAGAAAGACACACGGACAAUGCCAAGAAGGCCUUGGACAUGGCACUUUUUACUUUGAAGCGUAUCGCAGCAGGCGGUAUUCACGACCAUGUUGGCGGCGGAUUCCACCGAUAUAGUACCGAUAAAUACUGGCAUGUGCCUCAUUUCGAGAAAAUGUUGUACGAUCAAGCUCAACUUUUGUCGAGUUACUCGAUGGCAUACCAGAUCACCAAAGAUCCCGCUUUUGCCGAGACAGCCAAAGACAUUGUGAACUAUGUUACGCGCGAUCUUCAACAUCCGGAAGGCGGCUUUUACUCGGCCGAAGACGCCGACUCGCUUCCUACAAAGGACGCCAAGAAAAAGCUCGAGGGUGCGUUCUGUGUGUGGGAAGCUUCGGAAUUGGAGUCCAUCCUCGGUAAAGAAAAUGCCGAUAUCUUUAGCCGACAUUAUGGGGUGCAGGAACAUGGCAACGUCAAUCCUAUGCAGGAUCCACACAACGAACUAGAGGGCAAGAACGUGUUAACUGAAGAGUAUAGUCUGGAUGAAAGUGCCAAAGCUGCCAAUACCACCCCUGAAAAAAUUGCACAUAUCUUGGAAGACUGCAGAAACAAGUUAUGGAAACAUCGUCAGCAAGCUCGACCAAAACCCCAUCUUGAUGAUAAGAUUUUGACCUCAUGGAAUGGAUUGAUGAUCUCGGGGUUAGCUCAAGCUGGCGUAGCAUUAAACGAUCCGACAAUGCUUACUGCUGCGACAAAUGCCGCCUCUUUCAUCAUGAACCAGUUGUAUGAUAAGGAAACGAACAUCUUGUUACGUAGUUACAGAGAAGGACCAUCCUCCAUUGAAGGCUUUUUGGAUGACUACAGCUUUAUGACCCAAGCUCUCAUCGAUCUUUAUGAAGCUACUUUUGAUGAAAAAUGGAUCCAGUGGGCCUAUGACUUGCAGGAGAAGCAGAAUGAAUUGUUCUAUGAUGAAGACCACGGUGGAUACUUCAGCGUGCAAGAAAAAGAUAAAAGUAUUCUCGUUCGCUUGAAAGAAGAACAAGAUGGCGCAGAGCCUUCACCUAAUGGUGUGUCUCUCAAGAAUUUGAUUCGUUUAGGCACCUUGUUGGAGGAUCAAUCGUAUGUGACCAAGGCGCAGGACACACUGGCCGCUUUUAAUGUGGCGGUCACCAGGUUUCCGUACGCUGUACCAUCUUUGGUGACCGAUUUUCAGCUCAUGACACACGGUACCAAACAGAUUGUCCUUGCUGGUUCAUCGCAGGAUAAGAACAUGAAAACGUUUGAAAAACUGGUUUCCCAAGUCUUUAUGCCCAACAAGAUCAUUGCCAAGGCUCAGAAAGGAGGUUUUUUAAGCGAAAAGAACGCAACCAUUGCUCAAAUUGCGAAUAAUCAAGACAGUAACAAACCUCGAGCUUACGUUUGCCAAAACUUCACCUGUGGUCUUCCCAUCGACAAUGUGGACCAGCUUAGAAAAGAAAUCACAUACUAACGCCAGUUGUUCCAAAAAAACAUCGCUCCACUUGAUCAACUGAAUAAAAACAAAAGCAAGAUGCCCAAGAAACGUGCAUGUCGUGU